AAACUCAUCCACCCGCCACAUACUCUCUCUACCCACCCUCUAUUGUACCCCCACCCACCUCGUAAAGAGACUACUCUCUCUAUAAAAAGCCCUAAAGCUCCUCCUUUUCAACGCUUUUUCCAGCAGAUCUCUUGGACUGACGCCUUGGAGAUGCGUGCUUGCUGAGGAGGCUAUUUCUACCAUCUAUCUACUCUUUUCUGGCAGAGAGAGAGAAGGGAUUCAUCAAUGGAGAAUGGUAGUAACGGCGUCGUUACGUUAUUGUUCACGGAAGAUGAGUUGCGUGAGAUAAGUGGGGUCAAGAGAUGCGAUGAUUACGUGGAGGUGAUGUGUGGGUGUACAAGCCACCGUUAUGGUGAUGCUGUUGCUAGACUUAGGGUUUUCUCGUCUGGUGAACUUGAAAUCACCUGUGAAUGUACUCCUGGAUGCACAGAAGACAAGCUUACUCCAGCUGCAUUUGAGAAGCAUUCUGGGAGAGAAACUGCUAGGAAAUGGAAAAAUAAUGUAUGGAUCAUUGUCAAUGGUGAAAAAGUUCCUGUGGUAAAGACCCCAUUGCUAAAAUAUUAUAACAAGUCCUCAAAGCAUGCUAAUGGAUCAAAUAGAUCUCAAAAUGGAAAAGCUUGUCAUCGUGAUGAGUUCCUAAGAUGCACUGAGUGCAAGAAAGACCGCAGGUUCCGUCUCCGUUCAAAGGAAGAGUGCAGAACUUACCAUGAUGCUUUGGCGAAUGUGCAUUGGAACUGCUCUUGUAUUCCUUAUGACAAAUUUUCAUGUGAUGAUGAAGAAGAACGAGCAAGCCGUAGGGUGUACAGGGGAUGUUCUCGUUCUUCGACAUGUAAAGGUUGCACCACCUGUGUUUGUUUUGGUUGCCAAAUAUGCCGAUUUUCAGACUGCAGUUGCCAGACGUGCAGUGACUUCACAAAGAAUGCAAAGGCUUGAGUUAUUCAAUAAUUUAUUUCCAAUUCGAAUGGGGUAUGUUUUCCCCAUCAUUAAUUCAUGUGAACCCCUGCUGCUCAUGUUUUUACUGACAUAUUUAAGACCCAUUAAACCCAAA